AUGGGAGGCAUGCGGGCACGAGGAUGUGAUGAGACAGGAGGAAACGAGAUGAUGGACAUGGAGAGAGGAGAGGGUUUUGUCAGCAAAGCAAUGGAGGGGAGCUCACCUCUGCCUGACCUGCGCAAAAAAACACAGCAGCGGGAAUUUUCUGAGAGUUCCGCAAUCUACCACAGUCCCUCUCCAUCACCUCCUUAUCUUUCACCAGAGAUAGAGCGCUGGAAAGCUGGAACAUGCCGUUCCGCUGGGGAGCAGCGCAGUUGGCCUGAUCUUCUGAGGGGAAACGGGGAAGGGGUCACAAGUGAAGGAGGCUGGGACAGUGAUGAGGGAGGAGGAGAAAUGAGGGGAGAGCAGUCUUAUGCUCCUCCUCCUCCACCUAUGGCUCCACCCAGCCCCAGCACCACUGGAGGAGGUGGGGGUGGGGGUCACGGAGGAGGGUUGGUGGAGCAACUCAGUAAGACCAACCUGUACAUCAGAGGCCUGCCACCGGCCACCACAGACCAGGACCUUAUCAAACUCUGCCAGCCAUACGGCAAGAUUGUCUCAACAAAGGCCAUCUUGGACAAAAACACUAAUCAGUGUAAAGGCUAUGGUUUUGUGGACUUUGACAGCCCUGCAGCAGCUCAGAAGGCUGUGGCCUCGCUCAAAGCUAGUGGAGUCCAGGCACAGAUGGCCAAGGUUUCCCUGUGCCCCGGCCUCCGCCGCGUUUUCCCUCUGCCUCUAAAUCAUGCAUCUCUCUUUAAAUUUGAUGUGAAAAAUAAUUUUCUAUUUGUGUCUUUACAGCAGCAGGAACAGGAUCCCACCAACCUUUACAUAUCCAACUUACCCGUGUCAAUGGACGAGCAGGAGCUGGAAAACAUGCUGAAGCCCUUUGGCCACGUCAUUUCCACACGGAUACUGCGGGACGCUAACGGCCUGAGCAGGGGAGUGGGCUUUGCCAGGAUGGAGUCAACAGAGAAGUGUGAUGUGGUGAUUCAAAAUUUCAACGGAAAAUUUCUGAAAACCCCUCCAGGCAUGACAGCUCCUGCAGAGCCUUUGCUGUGCAAGUUUGCUGAUGGAGGCCAAAAAAAGAGACAGACCCAGGUCAAAUACCCCCAGAACGGUCGACCGUGGACGCGGGAAGGAGAGGGUGGAAUGGCGUUAACAUAUGAUCCCACAGCGAUGCAGAAUGGGUUCUACUCUUCGCCAUACAGUAUCUCCACCAAUCGGAUGAUUGCUCAGACAUCAAUCACACCCUUCAUUGCUGCCUCUCCUGUCUCCACAUAUCAGGUCCAGAGUACAUCUUGGAUGCCUCAUCAACAGUAUGUUAUGCAACCUACAGGUGCUGUGAUCACUCCAGCCGCGGCCAUAGAGCCCAGCUUGUCCCUUCACCCGUCCAGUGUGAUGAAUCCUCUCACCCAGCAGAUGAACCACCUUUCCCUGGGUCCUAGCAGCGCAUACAUGUCUGCUGCAGCGGCUGCUCCUAUGCAAGGAACCUACAUUCCCCAGUACACUGCAGUGCCUGCCUCUGCCAUCACAGUGGAUGGUGUGGUGACAGACCCUUCUCCACAGACAACUGCCCCCUCCUCACAGGAUGCCAGUGGCCAGCAGCCUCUAUCAGUGGAGAGCACAGGAGAUCACGCCACGGCCUACUCCUACCAGCAAACCAAGUGA